CGCCUAUCGUACCCUCCAUUCCAGAAACCAAGCAAGGGAAAUCAGUGAUAGCGCUUAUUUGAUUUUAACAAACAUCUCAGUGUUCUUGUGGAGGACGAUCAAAAUGGCUCAUCUCUUGAUGGAUUCCUUGACGCGAACACUUUUGAUCUUGAUAGUAAUAUUUUUGGGAGGUAUCGUGCAGAAGGUUAGAGUGGACAUACCCCUCCGUUCACCACAGAUAAACUAUACAUGCCCAGUCACGCCUCUUCACGUCGCUUUGUGCGCUCAUCUCAAUCUUACUUCAGUUCCCGAAGACCUUCCGCAUGACCUGCUGGUCUUAUCUAUCCGUCAAAACCAGUUAACAGAACUUGGAAAUAGAUCUUUCAUGAAUUACAACCAACUAGAAGAAUUGAAUGCUCACCAUAACAUCAUUGCCUUCAUUGAAAGUGGAACAUUCGAAACUCUACCACAAUUGCAGGUCGUGAAACUGGAUCAUAACCUGAUCACUUUUUUACCCAUUUAUUAUCUUCAGAAGAAUGCUCUGUUAUGUAUAAUAACUCUAUCACACAACAAGAUCAGUAGCAUCUCUAGCACUUUUGUGAGUACCCAGAAGGGUGGAAACUUUUAUGGAUGGCGGAAUAUGUCGGUUGUAGAUCUAUCCUUCAAUAAAGUUACAACCAUAACUGAGGAUGACUUUUUACCUUGGAGAAAUUGCUCUGUCGAUAAGCUCAAUGUAAAUAAUAAUAAUGUGACGUUUCUCCAACCUAAGGCAUUUGUACAUUUUUCCAAAUUAGGUAUUCUGAACAUGAACAAUAUCAGCUUAGCUACUUUCGACGUCGAAUAUUUCAUGGACCAUGUUAAAAUCGACAGACUUCUGAUUGCCUCUUCAGGCAUAAAGUACAUUCGUCCAGUGAACAUGUCGUCGAUGCAAAAAGAAAAUGUGCCACUGAUUAAAGAACUUUAUUUAAAUUUGAACAUCUUAAAUGACAUUCCAAGGUAUGCUCUGGGUGGUUUUGAAAAACUGCAAGUCCUGAACCUUCAAGAGAAUCAUAUAUCUAGCAUCAAUAAAGAAUCAUUUUGUGGCUUACAUACACUGGUAGACCUUAAUUUGUCUCGGAAUAGAAUAAAGUCACUUCCCCGCGCCUCGUUCGCUUGCGCCUCAAAACUCCAGAAAGUCGAUUUGUCACGUAAUAACCUCGCGACUUUGGAUCCUCAAUGGUUUGACGGAUCCUGGUUUCUCCGUAGCCUGAUCAUAUAUCAAAGCGGCAUCGGUCGCAUCGCGUUGGGACCAUGGAAGGCAAUAAAUCUUCAGACUCUUGUUAUCAAUAAAAACAAUCUCGGCUUCCUUAAUCAUUACACCUUCACUGGCUUGGUAAAUUUGAAAACACUUGAUGUUUCCGGCAAUGUAAAUUCUUUUGGGAUGUCAGAGGACGCCCUCACCUCAGUCGGUUCCUUAGAAUUACUCGUCAUGUCGGAUGUGGGGAAAUUUACCAUGGAAGGUUCGUUUAGAAAUAUGCAACAUCUAAUUAAUCUGGAUAUGUCAUAUAGCAAGUUGAAAAUUUCAUCGAUUGACCAGUUUGCGAAAGCAUCAGCGCUGAGGGUUCUCAAUAUGUCGGGAUCAUAUCUCAAAGCUCAGGAUUUAGUUGAUAUUCAUACAGGGACAUCGUUGUUCUCAGGGUUGGUCUCCUUGCAGACCCUUAAGCUACGGCACAACCCUUUAGAUACCCUGCACGCUCUUCCUAGCAUGUUCACCCCGCUUGCAAGUCUUGUUGAGCUAGACUUAACAAGUUGUCAUAUACGACAGGUUGCCUCAGGAACAUUUGCAAACUUAACAACCCUGCUUCAGCUUCGUCUGUCUGAAAAUCAAAUAACCAACAUUUCCAAGGACGCUUUUCAAGGUUUGCACAGUUUACGGGUGUUGCAGCUGCAGUACAAUUCAAUUGCAUUCAUCCAGCAAGGGAUGUUUAUGGGCACGAAUAAACUUGAACAGUUGUAUUUACAAAACAAUCACAUUUCGACCGUAGCCUCCAACACUUUAAUGCCGUCAAGUUUGAUUAGAUUCAAUAUCGCAUACAAUCCUUUAACAUGCGAUUGCCAUCUCGCUUGGUUCAGACAAUGGUUGAACGAGGUUGAAGGAAAAAUAGAUCUUGCUCCAGAAAAUCGAAUCCGUUGUUCUAGCAGUUCUUUAAAGGCGUUGGUCAGUCAACAAAUUUGGUCGUUCCAUCCGAAUGAAUAUUGUAGGACCAAUAUCAUGAUUAUAGUAUCUGCAUGUUUUGCGCCGAUUUUAGUGUUAACCAUCGGUAUACUCGUGUAUCUGAACCGAUGGUGGAUAAACUAUAAGUUGUUUCUCCUCAAGUUAGCCAUCGUUGGUUACCACGAGAUCACUGAAGAUCAAACUCCGGAGGACUAUGAAUUCCAACUCAACCUCAUGUUCCAUGACGACGAUGAAUGGUGGGUAAAUGACUGCAUGAAACCUUUUCUGGAGCAGAGGAUGCCUCAUCUGGGGCGCAUCAUAUUUGGCGAUGCCGAUCUUCAUCCAGGAUCGUUCUACUUGAACGCCAUUUACGACGUCAUCGAAAACAGCCACAAGACAAUAUUGUUGCUUAGCAACCAGUCUGUAGAUGAUACCUGGUACAUGACCAAACUCCGUAUGGCAGUGGAGCACAUGAAUGACACCAAGUUGGAGAAGGUCAUCCUGAUUUUCCUUGAAGACAUCGACGAUGACCAUCUAACAUACCUUGUUAGGCUCUUGCUGAGUCGGAACAAGCCGUAUCUGGUGUGGACAGAGGAUGAAGAAGGUCAAGAGGUCUUCUGGGCAAAGGUCCAGAAGAGCAUGAGAUCGAACCGGCAAAUGAACAAUGUCAUACCCAUUUAA